AUGAAGCUCUCCCUUGCUUCUCUCCUUGCAUUGGCUGGACUCGGCUCCGUCCUCGCCGACUCUCAAACAUGCGAAAACGAAGCACAGUUCGUGAAGCAGGAGAUGGUCGGUCAGAAAUAUACUGAUGCCAUUGAAAACGCGUUGCAAUCCGACCCCAUUCGCAUCCUCCAUCCAGGAGAUAUGGUCACCAUGGACUACAAUGCUUCCAGACUGAACAUCCAUGUGGAUGAGAGUGAUGAGAUACUGUCCGCCAAUUGUGCCUGA